AUCAAUCAAAACAUUGCCGCUGGAAGCCGGCUACGAAAGAUGAAAUGUCAAUGUUUUCACGUGAUAAUUUUAUGUCUUUGAGUUCAGUUUAUGCUUCAGAGUAGUUACCGAAGGCUCUGCAUUCACUGUCAAUUCAUUAAUCUAUCAAAAAAGUCAUGGCAAGUGCGUCUCGGUCAAGUUCUAGGCGUGUAGCAGACGAUUGGCACUAUGACAACAAAUAUCAGGAUUUUGACGUUGACGUUUCUAAUGAUUUCCUUCUCAAGGAUGGUGACGAUUUCAAGAUAUCAGAUGCUUUCGCUCGCAAAAUCAAAAAGAAAUUAAGUGUUAUGUUACAAGAUAUUGUGACUCAUGGUUCAGAGAUUUUGGAUUCAGGGUCCUCUGUUUACACUGGAGUAUCUGGGGUUGCUAUGACUCUAUUCUUUGCGAGUCGUUGCAUCAAUCAAGAACUGGAUCAGGCUGCCAAAUCUCUCAUAAAUUCAGUCUCUGAAAAUCCGUCUCGUUCUAGAGUCAAUUUUUUAAAUGGAUCUUCUGGUGUUUUAAUGCUGAAGGCCAUGAUAAACAACAACACAGAGAGCCAAGAACUCCUAAAUCAAAGGUUGUUGACUUUGUUUAAAAUAGUCAAGAAUCCUCAAUCUGAUUUGCCCAAUGAACUGUUAUAUGGUCGAGUUGGGUUUCUUUACACUCUACUACUCAUGAAAAGCUGCCAGAUGCCUCACCAUUUUAGUGAUUCAGAUAUAAAGGAUGUAGUGAAUAUAAUUAUUGAACAGGGACGCAGUCUAGCAUUAAAGGAAAAGUGCCAGGCCCCACUAAAAUUCAAGUGGCAUGACAAAAACUACUAUGGAGGUGCUCAUGGCACUGCUGGAAUUUUGUACCUCCUUCUUCAAGCAAAAGACUAUGUAAAUGAAGGAGACUUAAUAAAUUACAUCCAACCAACAAUUGACAAUUUGUUACAAUGUCGCUUUCAAAGUGGCAACUUACAAUCUUCAGAGGGCAGUACUUCAGACCGUUUAGUGCAAUGGUGCCAUGGUGCUCCUGGAGCAGUUCAAUUGUUUUGCCUUGCUUAUGAGAUUUUUGAGGACAAGCGCUACCUUGCUGCUGCAAUCCAAUGUGGUGAAGUUGUGUGGACACGUGGUCUUCUUCGCAAAGGAUGUGGCCUUUGUCAUGGAACUUCAGGAAAUGCAUACACAUUUAUUGCACUGUAUCAGAUGUGCCAGAAACGGAAAGAAUUCACAAAAAUAGAUGCUGCAAAACAUCUUUACAGGGCUUGUGCAUUUGCUGAUUGGUGUUUCCACUGGGAAAGGCACAGGGAAAGACUCCCAGACCGGUAUUACUCCCUGUUUGAAGGCCUGGCCGGUACUGCGUACUUUCUCACUGAUAUGCUGAACCCCUUGAAAGCAGCGUUUCCAGCCUACACAGUUCCAACGAUUUAAAUUAAUGCUUUUUCCUUUGCCAAUAAAUUGAUAUGUCGCAAUAUCUGUUUA